UGGAAGAGACCGGGCGCGUCGCGAUGAAUCCGCAACCGACGAAUUUCGUGCCCGGCACGUACACCAUCAAGAACGAGGCGAUUGACCAGGUCUUGGACCUAUCUGGUGCAGACCACAAGACCUGCAUAGGUUACCUCGCACAUGGCGGAGAGAACCAGCGAUGGAUCAUCGAACGCCUCGGCGCUGGCUACACCAUCCAGAACGCGCGGAGCAAGUCGUACAUGACGGUCGACGCCAGUCUGGCGAACGGGACGAUGAUCGUCGGGUCGGCUUUCCCUGUGGCCUGGGAUAUACAGCUAGGGACUGCGGGCUGGACGAUCGGCUGGCCCAACAGCCACUACUUCCUUGACCUCGACUACCAUGCCGAUCCGAACGCGCAGGCUGCGAAGCUCCAACUGUGGCGCAACGAGAACACAAGCCACUUCCAGCGUAAUCGGAUCUGGACGCUGGCGAGAGUUGACGACAGGCCCGCAUCGGCGAACGCGCGGUCGUAUGGGCACAACGGUGGGUCCAGCACGCAUAACGGCGACUCGAACACCGUCUCCGAGACGGUCAUCGACGCCAGCGAGCUGGGCAAGGGGCUGAACAUCGUGACGACGACCACAACGACAACGGUCACGAAGGUGGUGAGGGUGCAAUGAUAGUUCGCGCGGGCGCGACGAAGGAAGGGGCGUAGACGAAGGAAGAGACGCAAACGGAGUAAGAGACGCAGGACGAUGAAGGAGGCGCAGGCGCAUCGAACGUGAACGGUAAUUUCGACUUGGAAAGCAAUACGAAAGCAUCGAAUAAGGGACUAUGUAUUUAUACAAGCAUCAUCAUGUAUUCGCAACAACAAGCAAUGGCAGGAAGGGGAGUUGACACUC